AUGCAUUUUUCUACUAUGGUUCGGGGAUCUGCGGUCCUGGCUGCGCUGUCUGGCACAGCUGCCGGAAUUGUAACAUCGCCGUUCAAGCGCGAUUUGAGGCUUUCCGCUGAGUUUGGCAUUCAUCCCGAUAUCCUGCUCGGUCAGAAGACUUCGGUGAAGGCCAUCACCAGUGCGCGGGUUGGUUCUGCCGUCAAGGCAGAGUAUGUUUCAAUCCCAAUUGAUCACAGUAAUGCCUCGGUUGGUACUUACCAGAACCGCUAUUGGGUAUCCGACCAGCAUUACAAGGAGGGAGGACCAGUCUUCGUGUAUGAUGUUGGUGAAGCAUCUGCCGAAUCUUCGGCUCAGGCCUAUUUGGUUAAUUCGACGACGUUCUUUAAUCGGCUGGUCGAGGAGUUCAAUGGGAUUGGUAUCGUUUGGGAGCACCGAUACUAUGGGGAUUCCAUGCCCUACGACGUCAGCCUGGACACAAAGCCUGAAGAUUUCCAGUACCUCACCAAUAAACAGGCUCUGGCAGACAUGCCAUUCUUUGCGGCCAACUUCACUCGCGAAAAUUACAGUGAUGUGGACCUGACCCCAAGCGGAACGCCGUGGGUCAUGGUCGGAGGCUCGUACGCUGGCAUGCGAUCUGCGUUCACUCGUCAUUUGUAUCCGGAGACCAUUUAUGCUUCCUUCGCCUCAUCCGCGCCCGUCGAAGCACGGAUCGACAUGAGUGUCUAUUUCGACCAGAUUUAUGACGGCAUGGUUGCGAAUGGAUACUUGAACUGCACUAGAGACAUCCAGGCGGCACUGGAGUACAUCGACGAGCAACUAUCAAGGAGCAAAGCGUCAGCAGCAGCCAUCAAAAAGCAAUUCUUCGGCGAAGGCGCAGAGGUAAACAGCAAUGGCGAUUUCACCAAUGCGCUCCAGACAAUUUACUGGUAUUUCCAAUCCUAUGGCUUUGAAGGUGGUUCAGGUGGCCUGGGCGCAUUCUGCAAGCACAUGGAGACCGACCCGAAUACUGGUGCACCAGCGCCCGCACAUGGAUUCGCUGCAACCCGAGGUAAGAAGUAUGCCGCAGAUCGAUAUGCGGCAUGGCCCGUGUUCACGGAGAUGGUUAAUAUGUACUUCGACUCCAACUGCAAGAAGCUUGAUGCCACUCUGCCGGCCUCGUGUGAUUUCUCGGCACCAUCCACCGAUCCAGAGACCAUCAGCUGGACGUGGCAGUAUUGUACCGAAUGGGGAUAUUUCCAGACCGAGAACUACGGACCUCGCUCGCUGCUGUCAAAAUUCCAGACUCUCCAGUAUGCACAAGAGUAUUGCUACCUAGCCUUCCCGGAGGCUGUCAAGAAGGGUCUGUUCCCAAAACGCCCGCAGGUCGAGGCGACCAAUGCAGAGACUGGCGGAUGGACUAUUCGCCCGUCCAACGUUUACUGGGGCGGGGGUCAGUUUGAUCCCUGGCGUACUUUGUCUACCCUCGCGGUUGGUACAAGACUAGCCCCGCAGGGAGUGACUCACACAACUAAUAUCCCCAAAUGCAACGUGGAGAACGAGAAGACACUUUUCGGCUAUAUCAUGCCGAAUGCAGAGCACUGCUUUGAAUGGCGCAUGAGCUUUGCACCUGCUGCGAUUGCCCGGGGAUACUUUUCAGCUGCUUUGAAAGAAUGGCUUGGGUGUUUCGAAGCCAAGCGUUAA